CCUGGCUCUGGGCACCCGCAGCCCAGAGGGUCCGCAUAGCCACAUCGCGACGGCGUCUGGGGAGCGAGAGGGGCCGUGGCACACCUGACUCAGGCGCUGGGGCGGCAGCUCCGAAUGUUACAUGACAUCUCUAUUGCUUUGUGAGUAAUCAGACAUGCAAAUAGCUCCCUCAGAAAUCCAGCUCAAUUUGAAGAAGACUUACCUAGGCACUUUGGAGACUGGAUCAUGGAGUACAGGAUUGAGGGAAAAGAAAAAUACCAACAUAGCUUGAAUUUACUGAAUAAAAUAAAGAACAUGAAAGAAUUAGCAGAAAUGAUUGAUGUAGUACUCAUAGCAGAAGAGGAGAAAUUCCCUUGCCACAGACUGGUCCUGGCUGCGUUUAGCCCGUAUUUUAAAGCUAUGUUCACCUGUGGACUUCUUGAAUGUACUCAAAGGGAAGUCAUACUCCAUGACAUCACAGCAGAAAGUGUGUCGGUGAUAUUAAAUUACAUGUACCAUGCCACCUUGGAGAUCAACAAUGCCAAUGUACAGACUGUAGCGAUGGCUGCCUAUUUUAUGCAGAUGGAAGAAGUCUUUCGUGUGUGUCAGAAAUAUAUGAUGGACCACAUGGAUGCCUCCAAUUGUGUAGGUAUCUAUUAUUUUGCAAAGCAGAUUGGAGCUGAAGACCUAACUGAUCAAUCAAAGAAAUAUUUAUAUCAGCACUUUGCCGAGGUGAGCUUACAUGAAGAAAUACUAGAAAUUGAAGUGAACCAGCUUCUGAUGCUUAUUAAAUCGGAUGAUCUUAACAUAACCAGAGAGGAGAGCAUUCUGGACCUUGUUCUGAGAUGGGUAAAUCAUAACCAAGAAUUGCGCACAGAGCAUCUUGUUGAGCUUUUGAAGCAAGUCAGAUUGGAACUUAUAAAUCCUUCUUUUUUAAGACAAGCCCUAAGAAGGAACACAAUGCUUCUGUGUGAUGCAGGUUGCAUUGACAUAAUUCAGAAUGCAUUCAAAGCCCUCAAGACACCCCAACAGCAUUCUCUAAAUCUUCGUUAUGGCAUGGAGACUACCAGUCUUCUGCUUUGCAUUGGCAACAAUUCUUCAGGAAUCAGAUCAAGACAUAGGAACUAUGGGGAUGCCAGUUUUUGUUAUGAUCCUGUGUCACAGAAGAUCUAUUUCAUCUCAUCUCCAAAGUAUGGGGAGGGUUUAGGAACCGUAUGUACUGGUGUUGUCAUGGAAAGCAACACUAUAAUUGUGGCUGGAGAAGCAAGUGCCUCUAAACUCUCUAGACAAAAGAAUAAGAAUGUUGAAAUCUAUAGGUAUCAUGACAGAGGAAACCAGUUCUGGGAAAAGCUAUGCACAACUGAGUUUCGAGAGCUUUAUGCUCUGGGCAGUGUCCAUAAUGACCUCUAUGUUAUAGGAGGACAGAUGAAAGUUAAAAACCAGUAUCUGAUUACAAACUGUGUUGAGAAGUACUCUGUAGAAUGGGACAGUUGGAAAAGGGUGUCUCCACUUCCACUACAAUUGGCAUGUCAUGCUGUAGUAACAGUGAAUAAUAAACUUUAUGUGAUUGGAGGCUGGACCCCUCAGAUGGAUCUUCCUGAUGAAGAACCUGAUCGAUUAAGCAAUAAACUGUUACAAUACGACCCCAGCCAAGACCAAUGGACAGAGCGGGCACCCAUGAAGUACUCGAAGUACCGAUUCAGUACAGCUGUAGUCAACAGUGAGAUUUAUGUUUUGGGUGGGAUUGGCUGCGAAGGUCGAGACAAAGGCCAGGUUCGAAAAUGCCUUGAUGCCGUGGAGAUCUACAACCCUGAUGGGGAUUUUUGGAGAGAGGGCCCACCCAUGCCGAGUCCCCUCCUCUCCCUUCGAACCAAUUCUACUAAUGCAGGAGCAGUGGAUGGGAAACUGUAUAUCUGUGGGGGAUUCCAUGGAGCAGAUCGCCAUGAGGUUAUCUCCAAAGAAAUAUUGGAGCUGGACCCAUGGGAAAACCACUGGAAUGUUGUAGCCAUCAACGUCCUCAUGCAUGACAGCUAUGAUGUGUGCCUGGUGGCCAGGAUGAAUCCCCGAGACCUCAUCCCUCCACCUUCAGAUCUGGUGGAAGAAGGCAAUGAGCACUGAGGUCACAUUGCCGGAGAACCUUCUAUUGUGUCUGCAAAUGAGGCACUUGGAAUGGAGAGAGCCCAUCAAUCUUCUUGGAAAUGAGCAUUGCAUGCGUAGUGACCCAUGUGCAAAGCAGUAUGCUGGGCACUGUGGGGGAGUAGGCCAGCAUCUGCCCUCAGGGACCUCAGUCUGAUAGAGUAGAUGAGGCACUGGAAGGCAGAAUGUGAAGAUGACUACGAGAGGAGGACAGAGUGAGUGCCAUAGGAGUGCAAGGAGAUGGAGGGAUCUUGAGUUGCUGGGGGAUUCAAGGACAGCAUUACCAAAAAGCGGGCCUUUUAUCAGGGCCAUGAAGGAUGAGGAGGAAGCAGUCCUGUGGGUGCAGUUGAUGGUAAGGUCCCUGAAACAGCUGAGCAAAGGCCCAAAGUGGGAAAGCACUAUGCAUUGGGCCAUUCCAACUGGCCAGAUUGCCUGGGGAACAGGGUUUACUACUAAGACUAGAAAAGUAGGUAGUAGCUAAAUGACCAAUACCUAGAACUGAGGAUUUUGAACCUGGUCUUUGGGCGGGGGAAUUAUCUGAAAGUAAUGAUGUUAAAGGAAAGUAGACUUCUCUUUAUACUCUGUUUUGGCUUCAGUCUUAUAAAUAUUGCCUGUUCUCAUUCAGAAUACCCUUCUGCUGCAGCAACACAGCCAACAGUGUGACUAGCAGUAGACUACAAGUCCAUAACAGCUAAGGCUCUCAAACCAAACCACAGUGAGCAGAGCAAUUCAGCCCUGGGCUAAGUCCAUGUCAGGGGACAGAGAUGAGGGAUCCGACAGCCCUAGUCCACUCUAGAGUUGAUACACAGAGUCCUGGACUGGGCUGACCCAGGCUGCCUUUCCCCAAGCCCUCAGACACACAUGAUCUUCUGCAGGCUAACCCUUAGCUAAAUGGGACUGGACUAGCCCACCCACCCCAGGGAUUAGGCCAGUCUCUGGAAAGGAGGAGAGAGGAAGCAAAGUUGCUUUGGCUACCUGCUGCCCUCUUGGACCCAGCCUUUGCGAUAUCUUCACCACUGUUGUAGGGCAACGAUGGAGCAACCUUCUUGAGCUCACAAGUGGCCAUAACCAGAAAACAGCCCGGUUCUGUUUUAGGGGCUACAUUUAAAUAACACAUGGGAAAUCCACUUAUUUUACUUAUCAUCUGUACUUGUGGAAGAAUGCAUUUGGUAGCUGUUUUUCAACAACUUUUCAAAAGAGGUUCACAUAGCACCAGGCAAAACCAAACCAGUUGCCAUCAAGUCAACUCCAACGCAUGGCGAGCCCAUGUGUGUCAGAGUAGAACUGUGCUCUGUUUGGGUUUUCUAUGGCUGUGACCUUUUGGAAGUAGAUUGUCAGCCCUUUCUUCUGAGGCCUCUCUGGGUGGCCCAACCUUUAUGAUUAGCUGCCAAGCACUUAACUAUUUGUGCCACCCAGGCGCUCCAUUUUUUUAAGCAUAAAUGGCCAAUAAGUCCCUGAUGGAAAACUCGUGUCCCUAGGAUUUUCCCAGAGGAAGACAAUGCCUAUGUUGAGAAAACUUUUUUUCUGGUGAAGUGUUAAGUGUAACUGUGAGGACCCUCAUGCCCAUGUCCCAGAUUUCAGCUGCCAGCUCAGGCAGCAGAGACAGGUCCAACGGUAGCUUGAGCCACUUGGAAAUUUGCUUCUGCCACCAUGGAAGGGAGGCCGUGAGACCCAGGGGAGCCCACACCACUGUCUGAGUAUGCUAUCCCCAAGGAGGCUAAACUCCAGGAGAGCAGGGGCCACGUCAGUCUCUUCUCAGUUGUACCCCAAGUACCCACAUGGGUGGUUCAAGUGGGGCAGUGCUUCUAAGCCAGAGGUCUUGGUCUCUGACUAUGUUUAGGAGACCGAGUUAACACGAGCUGAUACAAUUAUUUUCCCUGACAGAGGGUCACAACCUAUGGAUUCUUUUUCUUAUUGUGAAGAUAGAGCACUCCUUCAUGGUGGACUGGGCCAGUUGGUGGCAGUCACUGCAGAGGAUAGCGCCUGUAGGAUCUCUGCUCCCCUGAGCUACUCUGAAAAGAAUCACUGUGCCUGCUUCAACCUACCUGAACAUUCUAGAAGCUGUCCCAGUUCCCCAGAUCAAAGAGGCCCUCUUGGUGCACCAUGAUACAUCUUUUACAUAUAUUGAAGUUGAGAUCUGAGUUCUAGUUCCAGCUCUGCUACUUAACUAGCUGUGUGAUAUCAGACAAGAUAACCUUUCUAAAGUCUUAUUUUCCUCAUAUGCAAAAUAGGAAGAAAAAUACUACAUGCUUUAGAGGGUUGGCGUGAGAACUAAGAGAGAUCUGAGCAGAGUGUCUGUUAAACCCUAAAACAAGAAACAUUAUUUACCUGCCAUUCUAAUGUUAUCAUUGCAAUCAGCAUUGUUCCCAAAGCAAAGUGCCCAAAACAGAACUCAG